UAUAUAAGUUCUAUGAACUUUCGUAACGCUAAAACUCGAACUACUCUCGCUAUGGAAAAGCGCUUUCUUGCAACCCGUAUCGCUAAAGUUUUGCCUCGUGUCCCUGCUGUGAUUCGUAAAUACUCUGUAUUAGCAUCCUCGGAGAGUCUUACUCCGUUUGCUAAAGAACGUCUUGCUAUCGAGGAACAUGCAAAGGGUUAUAUAUCAACCUUUUCAUUUUAUAUAGCUAUGUCAGCACGAUGA